AUGAAGAUUCUUACGAAAGAAGAGGAGCAGGCGCAUUACAAUGCAACUGUCCAGGGUGGAACCAUUGGUGGUCUCAUCGGUUUGGGGAUAGGCACCGCGGCGGUCGUGGGUGCGAGCAGAAGAUACCACAGCUUCCGCGCGCUCUCAAUACCGUUCCGCGCCUUCCUCGUCACAUCCGCCGGUUCUUUCGUCGCCGUCAUCGCCGCCGACCGCGCCUCCAACGCCUUCGACAUCUCGCACAACCCCGAAAAGCAGCGUGAACUCGAGCGCGAGCGCCACCGCGAAGAACUCUACAAUGCCAACAAGACCGCCAUGACGCGCGCAAAGGACUGGGCGUCUGAAAACCGGUACCCGCUGCUCUUCGGCUUCUGGGUCGCGUCCAUGGCCGGCUCCUGGAUCGCCGUCAACCGCAGCCCCAUGUCCGGCGCGCAGAAGCUCGUGCAGGCGCGUAUGUACGCGCAGGGCCUCACGCUGUCGGCGCUGCUCGCGAGUUUUGCGUUCGAGGGCAACGAUGCUGCGAAGGGGAAGGGACGGUGGGAGACUAUCACCGUGCUGGAUCCGAAUGAUCCCGAGCACAAGCACAUGAUUGAGAAGAAGAUACAUCAUGAGCGGUAUGCGGGCGAGGACCAGUGGAGAGAGAUGGUUGAGGCUGAGGAGGUACGCAUGAACGAGCGCAAGGCGGCUGAGAAGAAGAGGCAGCAGCAGCACCCGUCGGAGUCGAAGUCUGAGUCGAAGAAGCAGGUCAAGGAGACACAAAAGAAGGACGAGAAAGACGCGAAAGACGAUAGGGAGGAGAAGAAGUCGUCGUAG